UCAAAUUUAUUGAAGUUAAAAAACUCUCAGUAUCUUUAGUCUGUGUGAACAUGCUUGCGGGUGAUCUAUCUACACUAUAGACGAUUUUCGUUUGCGAAAAUGGCGUCGGACGACGGGCUGGCCGCUUUGGGAGUGGAAGGAGCCUCAGCAGCUGCACACGCUCUGUCUCUGCCUGCAGAAGCCUACGGAAAUGAUCCGCGGCUUGAAGUUAUGUGGGCGAUGAAGGCCUACAACCAUGCCGAAGUGUACUUCAAUCUCAUUUCAUCAGUCGAUCCAAAGUUUUUGAAGCUGACAAAGUUGGAUGAUCAAAUCUACUCGAGCUUCAGAGAAACCUUCAAAGAGCUCGACAUAAAGCAGCUGAAAGAAGAAGAUCUGAAGUCCGACCAGGCCAAAGAGAGGUGGCGUCCAUUCUGUAACCAGUUUGAGGGACUGGUGGAAGAUUUUAACUACGGCACGCUGCUGCGUCUGGACUGUGAGAAAGACUACACGGAGGAAAACACCAUAUUUGCCACCAGGGUCCAGUUUUUUGCCGUUGAGAUUGCCCGCAACAGAGAAGGCUUCAACGACACCGUGUAUAAGAGCAAAGGCUCAAAGAGCUAACCUCUGGAUCAACCAGUUAGGAUCUGCUCUGAGAUGAACUGUCAGUCUGCAAAGCCUCAGUUUUUUUCCAUUGUGCCUGUUUGCAGUGGUUGUUUAAACAAACAGGUCCAACAGUUCACCUCUGGACUUUUACAGAACCAAUUUCACUUUUAUCUCCCAGAAAGUUUCACCAGGACGAGGAGUCAACUCUGAAGGAUUGUUGAAUUGUUUUCUUGAUGUCCGGAUCAUCUCUUUUUAAACUCCUCCCUUUAAAAAAUAUUUUAUCAGUAUACAUGUUUAACCUUCAAUCAUGCAGAACAAAUACAAUUAUUAGAAAAUAAAGUUUUUUCGUCAGUGUUGAA